CUCGUAUCACUCUUCCUGGAGGCGGCGGCGGCGGCUGGGAGUAAAACGACGAGCGGGCAGCCGACGGCGCGGAACGGCGGGAUCCUGGGCGACGGGGAACAUCGUGAUCCUCAUUGGCGGCGGGGAACGGGAUGCAGGUACUUUUUCUCGGAGAGCAGUGCGACUGCGGCAACAAAGGGAGCUAUGAUGGCCUGGUUUCCAACCUGCGCAUUGUGGAUGGGACGGUGGCAGUGUUCAUUUUUGUUUCUCAGCGCUCCUCCGCGCCAGUGCGGGACCAAGUCGAUGGAUGCUUCAGAAGCAGAGGUGGGUGUCAAAUUGACUCAAUGAUUCAGAGACAGAUGUGGAUGCCAAAAUGAACCACACUUCCUUCUUGAUGGUUCCUGAUGGCUGUGGCGGUUCUGGACUGACCAUGGAGAAAUCUCCUUCUGCAUUGAAAUGUAUCCUUUUUUUCUUUUUAGAAUCAAGGAUGUGAUUAAAACCCGGCACUUUCUAUCAGUGUAGGAUAGUAUGAGACUAUCUAAUGCCUAUAAGUAUAGUUUUUCUUGUAGAUUUGUUUUCUUAUACAGUUUUCUUUCUCUUCUGUUGGCAUGUUUUUAUUCUUGCUGUCGCUGAUCUUCAGUUACUGCAGGUGCAGCAAGAAGAACAACCAGCAGAUUUAGCAUUUAUUUUGCCAAAACUUCAGGUUACUGUAAUUAAAAAUCAGUGUGCCUUUAAUCGGCAUCAACGAAGGUCUCGUUGAUUCAUUGUUGGACAUGGUACCGUAAUUUAGCAUUUAGUUAUUUGGUUUGAUGCACACAUUUGAAAAUCGACAUCCCAAAACCGGUUUCAGUAUUUGCAGUUUGCAGCUAGAUGAUGAAAUAUUUGAUCCUGCUGAUCAACACGGCAUUAUCUAGAUGUUGGCCUUCCACGGCAAGACCAUUUGUUUACUUUGAAAUGCUUGUUCAUGACAUGUAUAUGAAUCUUGGAUCAAACCCUUUCUAUGCACAAGACGGAAAAAGUCGGGGGCCAUAUCCUUGGACACCUCAUGAAACCAGGGUCAUUGUUAUGACACAGACGAAGAGGCCGCCGACGAAGCACAUACUGGGCGACAGCCGGAGCAUGUCCUCGGGGACCAGGAUGGUCGCCAUCGACGAUCAGUACACCACAUCCGCCAAGGCACAAGAGGUGGCAGUAGCAGCCAAGAAGGUUGAGCAGCUAUUUCUGAAGGUGAGCAUUGAUGUGGCGCCAUACCUCAGGAAGGUCGACCUCUGGAUGUAUGAAGGGUACAGAUAUUGCAGCGGGGGAAGGGUCGAACCAUGCAUUGGUCAAUUUCCCUAAUAUCAGUUCAGAUUGUAUGAUCGUGUGGACGACCAUUUCUGAUGUCAGGCCCACCCUCUGCAUAAAUUGAUGUAUAUGGCUAAUUUAUGAUGUUGUUAUAACUUCUUUUAAGUAUGUGAGGUGCAUGUACCAUACUCCAAUAUAAUCCUGAAUUCCAUA